AUGACUACUAUUAAAGGCCCCGGUGCUGCGCAGACCCUCGAUGGCUCUGGCCUUCGAGUCGCAAUUGUGCACGCCAGAUGGAACACUGUGAUCAUCGAUUCACUCGUAGCAGGAGCCAAGAAGAACCUUCUUCUCGCCGGCGUGUCCGAGGACAACAUCACCGUCCAGACCGUCCCAGGCAGCUACGAGCUACCCCUCGCCGUGCAACGCCUCUACUCCGCCUCGCAGCUCCAAGCCAACUCUUCCGGCGAAGGAGCCAGCGCAACAGACCUGCUCUCAUCGUCGACGACCGACCUCUCCGGCUCAACGACGGCAAGCAGCCCCAAGCAGCCCUUCGAUGCGAUCAUUGCCAUUGGCGUUCUGAUCAAGGGCGCGACAAUGCACUUUGAAUAUAUUGCCGACGCUGUCAGCCACGGUCUGAUGCGUGUGCAGCUUGAUUCUGGUGUUCCGGUUAUCUUUGGCUUGUUGACUGUUCUUACUGAGGAGCAGGGGUUGGAGCGUGCUGGGCUGGGGAGCAGUGGGAUGCAUAAUCAUGGUGAAGACUGGGGGAGUGCUGCUGUUGAAUUGGGAUUGAAGAGGAAGGAGUGGGCUGAGGGGAAGAUUCUUUAG